AUGCCCAAUCGUAUCCCCGAGUUCCAAAUCUUCAACUUCCUCGCUGAAAACACGGUGGGUUUGCAGCUCACUCAAGUCUCUGUUGCGGGCGCGGAAAGCGAGUGCCCCGUCUGCCAUCACCCCUACGCUGAUCAACCGCAGGACUGCGUGCACCCAGACCUGCCUGAAGACGAAGAUGAAUAUCCCGUACAAAUCCACAAUCGCGGUCGAUGCAAGCACAUCUUCGGUCGCCGCUGUCUAGAACAUCACAUACGUGGUGGUAAUCCGUGGAGCCAUACCUGUCCCUUGUGUCGAACGGAGUGGUUCCCUGCGCCAAACGCUGCAAGGCGCCAGAUGCUGGGUGAUAUCGAAUCGACGUUGAACCACCUGGCGUCGUUGGACCUGGAGGGUGAGCAAGCGAGGCGCGAGCUGGGAGAGGCGGAGCUGGCUUUGGAAAGGAUCAGGGAAGCACUGUAUGAGUCGCGGUGGAUAUGA